GCCCCACUCAAGCUUUAUCUUAGCUAAGCUGUCGCAUUUCUGAACCUUCCUUCCAUUAUGUAAACAUCUGCAACACUUAUCCUCAAUUUACGUGCUCGAUUCUCGACGCUUCUAUCUCAACACUUCCUCAUCGACGGUAUUACAACAUACAAAACAAGUGUAAACAUAACCUCACAAAGCACUUUCAACUAUUAAAAACCCACACGAACAACUAAAACCCAACACCCGCCCAUAAUGGCGACCGCAGCAGCGCCACCGCCCUCCGAGCUCGCGAAGCAAAUCCUCGAGCACAAGGCGCCCAGCUACACAUUCAGCUUCACCCCGUUCCUCCGAUCAACCUACGGCCACGGCUUCCCGCCGAACCGACCCGUAUGCAAAGCCUUCGUAGCAGGACACUGCCCGCUAGGCACGUCAUGCGCGGACCGACACGUGACGCCGAACGCGGCGAGCAGCACGAACGCGAGCUACAACUCCCUAGUAUGCAAGCACUGGCUGCGCGCGCUGUGCAAGAAGGGCGAGAGCUGCGAGUUUCUUCACGAGUACAACUUGCGCAAGAUGCCGGAGUGCAACUUCUUCGUCCGCAACGGGUACUGUUCUAACGGCGACGAGUGCCUGUAUCUGCACAUCGACCCUCAAUCCAAGUUACCGCCCUGUCCCCACUACGAUCGCGGGUUUUGCCCUCUGGGUCCGAACUGCAGCAAGAAGCAUGUCAGGAGAAAGCUGUGCGUGUACUAUCUAGCUGGCUUCUGCCCCGAGGGUCCGAAUUGCAAGGAGGGCGCACAUCCUGGAUGGGAUAAGAAUCUGGAGAAGCCUAUUGCUAAGGCGGAUGUUAUUCCCGAGGAGCCUGUGAGAAGAGACGACACAUACAUGGACGAUGACCACGGUGACUUUGGAGGAAGAAGGGAACAGGGUGGUAGAGGUCGAGGCGAUAGGUUUGGUGGUGGAAGAGGUGGCCGAUGGAGAGGAAGAGGUGAUAGAAAAUUUGGGCGCGGAAGGGGUGGUGGUGGUGGUGGGGGCCAUCAUUGAGAGGCUCAUGGCAGCCAUUCGCCAACGGAAACAUGACCAACAAUGCAACACAACCUCCGCAGCUAGAGAAGGCUACAAACGAGAUGUGCUUGCGUUAUUUCCACACCAACACACUUUUGCUCGCCACAUCAUAUUGGACAACACCAGAUCACAACACGGACACAGAAAACUCAAUACUAUAUCGCCAAUAUUCUGGAGCAGGACAUAUGGUUCAAUGACGACAGAAAGGCAAAAAAAACAAAUAUUCCGCCCACACCCACUAUUAAGGCUACUAUUGCAUUGGAUCCCUAAUUCGGGGGAUUGGCGGAUUCUUGGGAACACAGGAAGAAGACACAGGAUACCCUCAAUACCGCUAGAUACCACAAUAAGUAAAUCAAUUC